AUGAAUGUGGUGGGGAAGAGGAAGACCUCAAAGGGCAGGCGAAAGAUAACGUUGGAGAAGAUAGAGAAACCUACAGCUCGUUACGUCAGCUUCACCAAGCGAAAGCAUGGAUUGUUUACCAAGGCCAGCGAUCUCUGCACUUUGUGCGGCACAGAAGUGGCCGUGGUGGUCUUUUCCCCCGUCGGUCGCCCUUACUCCUUCGGUUGCCCGGACGUGGAGCGGGUCGUGGAUAGGUUUCUUUCGAGCAAUCCGAUUCCCGCUGCCGGUUCGCAUGCCCAUCGACCCGGAAGCGUGAACCAUCGAGUCACCGAGCUGCGAAACCAGAUCGAUGCUGAGAAAGCCAGGAAGACCGUGCUCCGGGCGCAGCUCACGGCGGUGUCGUCGGGAUUGGAGUCGCUCGACAACUUGGACGGCUUGGACGUGCGGAUGCUUGAUGCGUUGGCGGAGAUGCUCCUGCAAAUUAAAACCCAGGCCACCAACCGAGUCGUGCAGAUCUUGACCGGUUCGGGCGCGUCUUCAUCUUACGCGGGUACUUUCGGCCCCGGCGGGGUUCAACCCAUGCUAAACCCGGUUCUGCCCGAUCCGUGGGCAUCUUCAUCUAACGCAGUUACCGUCGAUGAUCAUGUGGGUACUUCCAGCCUCGAUUGGAUCGCGAACGUCCAUUCAAUAGGGCAAGGGUUUCGAUCUGUGCUAAACCCGGUUCAGCCCAUCAAGGAGUCGUCCACUGAUCCGAAGGCAUCUUCAUCUAACGCAUUCAUUACCGGGGAUCAUCUAACGCGAGGCUUUCAACCCGUCCUCAACCCAGUUCUACCCAUCAAUGAGUUCUCGACCGAUACGAGGGCAUCUUCACCUGAGGCAGCUACUAUCGCCGAUCACGCGGGUACUUCCGGCUCCGGUGGGAUCAUGAACGUCGAUUCAAGAUGGCAAGGGUUUCAAUCCAUUCUAAACCCGAUUCCACCCAUCAAGGAGUUCUCGACUGAUUCAAGGGCAUCUUUACCUGAGGCAGCUACUAUCGCCGAUCACGCGGGUACUUCCGGCUCUAGUGGGAUCACGAACGUCGAUUCAAGAUGGCAAGGGUUUCAAUCCAUUCUAAAUCCGAUUCCACCCAUCAAGGAGUUCUCGACCGAUCCGAGGGCAUCUUCACCUGACGCCGCUACCAUCGCCGAUCACGCGGGUACUUCCAGCUCCUGUGGGAUCACGAACGUCGAUUCAAGAUGGCAAGGGUUUCAAUCCAUUCUAAAUCCGAUUCCACCCAUCAAGGAGUUCUGGACCGAUCUGUUGGCAUCUUCACCUGACGCCGCUACUUUCGCCGAUCACGCGGGUACUUCCGGCUCCGGUGGGAUCAUGAACGUCGAUUCAAGAUGGCAAGGGUUUCAAUCCAUUCUAAACCCGAUUCCACCCAUCAAGGAGUUCUCGACUGAUUCAAGGGCAUCUUUACCUGAGGCAGCUACUAUCGCCGAUCACGCGGGUACUUCCGGCUCCGGUGGGAUCACGAACGUCGAUUCAAGAUGGCAAGGGUUUCAAUCCAUUCUAAAUCCGAUUCCACCCAUCAAGGAGUUCUCGACCGAUCCGAGGGCAUCUUCACCUGACGCCGCUACCAUCGCCGAUCACGCGGGUACUUCCAGCUCCUGUGGGAUCACGAACGUCGAUUCAAGAUGGCAAGGGUUUCAAUCCAUUCUAAACCCGAUUCCACCCAUCAAGGAGUUCUGGACCGAUCCGUGGGCAUCUUCACCUGACGCCGCUACUUUCGCCGAUCACGCGGGUACUUCCGGCUCCGGUGGGAUCAUGAACGUCGAUUCAAGAUGGCAAGGGUUUCAAUCCAUUCUAAACCCGAUUCCACCCAUCAAGGAGUUCUGGACCGAUCCGUGGGCAUCUUCACCUGAUGCAGUUAUCACCAACGAUCAUGUGGGUAACUCCGGCACGAUCGGGAUCGCAACCGUGGAUUCAAGAUGGCAAAGCUUUCAACCCGUCCUAAAUCCAGUUCUACCGAAGGAGUUCUCGACCGAUUGGAGGGCGUUUUCACCCAACGCAGCUACCGUCGUCGAUCACACAGGUACUAGUGGCUCGAGUAGGAACGCGAUUGUCGAUUCGAUAGGACAAGGGUUUCGAUCUGUGCCAAACCCAGUUCAGCCCAUCAAGGAGUUCUUGACCGAUCCAAGUCUGUCUUCGCCUAUUGAUGUUUCAAUCGGUGAUCACGUGAGUCCUUGUCGCUCGGCCAAGAUUGCGACAGUCGAAGGGCAAGAGGUUCAGGUUUUGUCCGACAGGGAGAUGGAUCAAAAGGUGUGUUCGUCUAAUGGCUCGGGCAAGAUGGUCAUCGUUGAUUCAGAAUGGCAAGGGUUUCAACCUGUGCUAAACCCAGUUUCAUCCGGCAGGGAGUUGUCGAGAAAUGGUUCUAAACAGAGAAGAUUAGCAUGACCUAUACACAAAGAUAACCUAAAAUGGUACUCAGAAUUUUCAGAUUCGAGGAUUAGCAUAAUUUUGUAUAAAGAAUGAUUUAUGUUUUGACAUACAUUUAGUGUAUAUGUAAAAAAUUGGGAGUAGAACUUUAUGGAUUCCUAAGAAGCCGUUGGAAUUGUUAAGCGGCUUAUGAAUGCCUUUUGGGUGCAUGGUUUUUUUAUUGAAUUAUGCAAUUAAUGUAUUGAGGAAUAUUGGUCUUACAUUCCUGUAAAAACUUAUAAGAUGUGGCAUUGAACCGUC